GCCAGGUCAUUCUCUUCAGCCCUGCGGCGGUGUAACCGCCUUCCAUCCCCGGGACGCGGCCGUCCCCUGGCUCCGGCCGCUGGGGACCAUGGAGUUCGCGGAGCUGAUUAAGACCCCGCGGGUGGACAAUGUGGUGCUCCACCGACCAUUCUAUCCAGCUGUUGAGGGGACCUUGUGUCUAACUGGCCACCACCUGAUCCUGUCCUCCCGGCAGGACAACACGGAAGAGUUGUGGCUCCUCCAUUCAAACAUCGAUGCCAUCGACAAGCGAUUUGUGGGGCCACUGGGUACCAUCAUCAUAAAGUGUAAAGAUUUUCGAAUAAUUCAGUUGGAUAUUCCUGGAAUGGAGGAAUGUUUGAAUAUAGCCAGUUCCAUUGAGGCAUUAUCUACCCUGGACUCCAUCACUCUGAUGUACCCUUUCUUUUACCGGCCCAUGUUUGAAGUGAUAGAAGAUGGCUGGCAUUCUUUCCUUCCUGAGCAAGAAUUUGAGCUCUACUCUUCAGCUACCAGUGACUGGAGGUUAAGCUAUGUUAAUAAGGAAUUUGCGGUCUGCCCCUCUUACCCGCCAAUUGUCAUAGUACCCAAAUCCAUUGAUGAUGAAGCUCUUCGGAAGGUGGCUACAUUUCGACAUGGAGGACGCUUCCCAGUACUCAGCUAUUAUCAUAAAAAAAAUGGAAUGGUAAUUAUGCGAAGUGGUCAGCCACUGACUGGCACAAAUGGGAGACGGUGCAAAGAAGAUGAGAAGCUGAUCAAUGCUACCCUCAGAGCAGGAAAGCGUGGCUACAUCAUUGAUACUCGAUCUCUAAAUGUAGCUCAGCAAGCUAGAGCCAAAGGAGGCGGCUUUGAGCAAGAAGCUCAUUAUCCCCAGUGGAGGCGGAUUCAUAAGUCCAUUGAGAGGUAUCACAUUCUUCAGGAGAGCUUAGUCAAACUUGUGGAAGCUUGUAAUGACCAAACACAUAACAUGGACCGAUGGCUUAGUAAAUUGGAGUCUUCCAACUGGCUGACUCACAUCAAAGAGAUUCUGACAACUGCCUGUCUAGUGGCUCAGUGUAUCGACAGGGAAGGAGCAUCCAUAUUGAUUCAUGGAACAGAAGGCACUGAUUCCACACUUCAGGUGACCUCCCUGGCCCAGAUCAUCUUGGAACCAAGAAGCAGGACCAUCCGUGGUUUUGAGGCCCUGAUAGAAAGAGAGUGGCUGCAGGCUGGUCACCCGUUCCAACAGCGCUGUGCACAGUCGGCCUAUUGUAGUAGUAAGCAGAAAUGGGAGUCACCUGUAUUUCUUCUCUUCUUGGAUUGUGUGUGGCAGAUACUUCGUCAGUUCCCUUGUUCUUUUGAAUUUAAUGAGAAUUUCCUCAUCAUGCUCUUUGAGCAUGCUUAUGCCUCACAAUUUGGAACGUUUCUGGGCAACAAUGAAAGUGAAAGAUGUAAGUUGAAGCUACAGCAGAAAACGAUGUCUCUGUGGUCUUGGGUCAAUCGGCCCAGUGAGCUGAGUAAACUCACCAAUCCUCUCUUCGAAGCCAACAGCCUUGUCAUCUGGCCUUCGGUGGCUCCACAGAGUCUUCAGCUCUGGGAGGGUAUUUUCCUGCGUUGGAACAGAUCCUCCAAGUACUUGGAUGAAGCAUAUGAAGAAAUGGUUAACAUCAUUGAAUAUAAUAAGGAAUUACAAGCAAAAGUAAAUCUCCUUAGGAGGCAGUUGGCGGAACUGGAGACUAAGGAUGGGAUGCAGGAGAGUCCCUGAAAGGUGUCCCCACUCCUGUGUAAGAAGCUUCCCACACCCGUAUCCCACCUCCCUCUCCUUUUGAUCUUCAGCUCACUUUUACAUAGUAGCCUUGAACUUAAGGCUUUAGAUGUGAGAACCCUCUAAUCUAAUGGAUUUCUCAAUACUUUAUGAAUGCAGUUUACUAUAAUUACACAUGUUUCAUGUGGCCUCUUAGGCCUUUUUACUUUGGGAGCAGGAAGGAGGUGCUAGUUAUUUUAUUUUAUUCUAUGUGAACCAGGUGACCUAUGUAAUACCAUUAGUGUUAUGCACCAUUUCAUCAUAAGCUUUCUGCGUCUACUUUCCAAACAGUGCUUCAGACCAGUCAAGGUUAUGACUAAUCUCUUUAGGGGAUAUGUUAAUUUAAAAAAAAAGAUCAGACGCUUAAACACUUUGAAAAUAUAAAUAUUUUUCAAAACUGAAAUGGCAGAUAAACCAAGAAUGUUACGUUUAACAUGCCAUUUCCAAUACCUUUGCCAUUCUCUUUAAAAUAGUUUUGGAAUAACAAAGAUGAACUCAGUCUCACUCUGGUUUGUCAGGAGAGGAAAUUCUGAAUAUUUAUUCAAGGUAAAUUAUUUUACAAGGGCAACAGGUAUAGUCCUCUGCUAUUUACCUUAAGAAGUAAAUUUAACAGUAGACAGUAAAAGUAUGUGCAAUAUAGAAAUAAAGUAGGAAUUUGUUACUGAUAUGGUAUUGUUACUGUUGAAUUGGUUUUUUAGGUUUUUAUCAUACAUAUUAAAUAUGUAUCAGAUGCUGGAUGUAACAUUGAACCAUCAUUUGUAAUAGAUGUUAAUUUGUUAUAAUUAAGCUACAAAUAUGGUUUCCUUAAACCAGAGAUACACUGCCCUUGUCUGACAUUCUCAUUGCACUGGUUUAUGUAUAUAUGUGUAUGUUUUAUUUGUUUUGUUUUAUUUUUAAGUAUUCUAAGUGUUUACGAAUACUAAAAUUACAACUUUCAUGGUGGUGUGAGCCUUUGAAAAUGUAUCUGGGCUCUGCUGAUUUGUCCAUUAUAUGUUAGGCAAAUGUAAUUUAAGUGGAGGUGAAAGAUUAUGAACAUGAUGCAGCUAUGUUUUAAACUUCAGAUUGAAAUGUUUCAAUGUUGGCUCUCCAAUGAUCCCCUAAACUUAUGCUGUGCUCGUUCAUUCCCGAAACUCAAAGUUUGAAAUUCAGUGCUUUCCAUGUACGUUUCUGUUUUGUGGAAUUGCCCAUCUUAACAAAUACUGUCAAUUUCCGUUAUUCUUUAAAAAGAUAGUUGAAAAAUAAUCAUUAAUACCAUUUCUACACCAUCUACAUAGAACCAUUUCAGUGUAAAACAUACCAAGUCUGAACCCUGCUUUAGAGCUAUGUAUUGAGCUAAAAAUACAGUUUUUUAUAAAUGGAUUCUAUCAGAAUUUCUGGCCACAUUCAGAAGCUUUAGAAAGUGACAAAUUUGUUGUAUCCCCAGUUGCCCAUGUUUUAUCUUUUUUCUGUCUCCUCAGACUUGCAGCAAAAGGCUGGACAACAAUUCAUAGUCAGAACUCUCUUUUGGUAAAUGUGCCUGCCUUCUCCUAUCAACUCCGUUUUGUUCUCGACUUAUUUUCUUGGCUAUAGUUGUGACUCUCAGGCAUUAAAGCCCUCACCAAAA